ACAAGGAUUGUAGUGAAUUUUGCUAUAAAAACUGUAAUUGCACUGCAAUUGUUUUACUUAAAGCCGCUUUUCAUUGGAGUUUGCGCUUUCGAGUUACGACAACCUGUCGUCAGAUGUUGGCCUUGCGUCAGUGGUAAGAAAGCUAUUUUAAUUUCGAAUUUUGGAUGGCCCUGAUAUACUCUAUUAAAUGUUCGGUAUACAUUAGUAUUUCAUUUCAAUAGUUGGGUAGCAAAAUAAAAAAUAGAAAAACGAAAAAUAAUGUCGAAGAUAAAUGAACCACCAAAAUAUUAUGGAAAAAGAAGGAGCAUUGUUCGUAGAAUUGGUUCAAUGUUACCUUUGAAACCCCCACCAAAAAUAUAUGUCAGUGUUACACCUUUACAUUCAAUGACAAGUUCUAUGAUUAACGAAGAAACUAGUAAUAAUUAUGCAGAUACAAAUGGAUAUGGUCCUGCAAGAAUGUCUAAUGUCAGGCCAGAUUUAUUGGAGCCUAUUAGUUUUGGAUCUGAAGUUCGAUUACUUGCUCUGGAACAGGAGCUUCAGGAACUUAGGGAACAAGUUUCAGCAAUAGUUAAAAGUAAUAAACAAUCUAGGCAUACAUCUACUGGUUCUUUAACAAAUGGAAUGGAUAGUGAAAAUAUAAUAGAGUCAAAUCAACCACCCCCACCUCCACCACCACCACCACUACCACCACCAACUCCUCAUAUUGCAAGAAGAGCAAGUUUACAAGAUCAUAAAGUUGAAGAUCGCAAAAGAGGCCCAUUUGCUUCUCAAACAUCUAUGACAGACGUAUUGAAGGACAUUGACAGCAUUAAAUUAAAGCCAAUUUCUAGAUCACCUGGAGGACGACCACUUCGUAUAAAGCGUGACAACAGUCCAUGCAAUGAUUUACAAGAAAUACUUAGAAGACGUUAUAUUGCAAUGAAUUCAGCUGAUAGUAGAAAUUCUUCAGCUAACUUGACAAUGAAUGACUCUUUCUCAAGUGAUGUGUGAAAAUAGACUGAAUAUUUUUCAAUGUGCACUGUGUACAAUGAAGGUGUCAUGUAACAUUUUGGAUGAUAUUAAUGACAAGAUAAUAUGUUUGAUUAAUCAGCUUGUUUACACCAUCAAAAUACUGCAAUAUUUUCAAUUUGUCAUUACAGGAUUAUGUAAGCAACAAAACGAACGUAUCAAACAUUUUUAAACUUACAAAAAUAUUAGUUUCGUGUUACAAAUUAAUUUUUAGAAAGUAAUACUAUCUUUUUUAAAGAGCAUUAUUACAAUUAAAACAUAUAUAGAUGAGCUAACCAAAGAUAGUAUUCUAUAUACUGACGCUGAUAAAAAUAUUGGGUUGUAAACUGA